AUGUUUCUGGCUAUUUUGAGAUCAGCGAGAACGGGAGAUAUAUGGUCUGAAAUUACGAGGAGGGAUUGUAGAAUUGUUUGGCACAAGUUGAUAUGGUUCCCUUUGCAUGUUCCUAAAUAUGCUAUGGUUGCUUGGUUCGCCAUCCUUAAUCGUUUUGCGACUAAGGAUAGGUUGCGGAGAAUGGGGACGGAUAUGGAUAGUGUUUGUGCGUUAUGUGCUGAUGCGGACAAAUCCAAAAAUCAUAUUUUCUUUGAAUGUGCAUUUUCGGUGAGGGUGUGGAGUGUUGUUCUUGGCCUUUGUGGUUUGGAUAGAUCAACUCUUUCUUGGGAUCAAGAGCUGGACUGGGCGGUUUCAUGUCUUAAAGAUAAGUGUCUCACUGUUAAGUUACUUAAAUUGGCUUGGAAUGCUUUCAUUUACUGUAUUUGGGAGGAGUGUUAUAUGGGAUUAUUUGGGGGUUCGAUCAGGAGCCAAUGUGAUAUUUUUUAUUCUUUGAAGGAGAUAUUUGGUUUCAUUCUUUAUGGGAGGAAGUUUGAUAGAACUGAUCCCACUAAUGCUAAGCUUUGUAUAGAAUGGGAUCUUCUUGACUGA